AAUUGGUCCGACUAUAAUGUGUACACAGUAGCUAAUGUGGCCAAAAAAGUUCUACUCGCCAUUCCCGGUGGUCUGCUUGGGCCGGGUGGAGAAAAGAAGUUACUCGCCACAGCCACAUUUGCAACUGUCGCGGAAGCAGAGGCAGCUGCGGAACAGGUCUAUCGUCUCGACCCAACCAUGUCCGGGAGCAGCGGCCGCAGAGGUCGAGACGAUCGUGGUCAUUCUGCAAAUAGAGGCGCGUCAGCUAUGUGGCUUUAUAAGCCACUCCUUAUCCCCUUGCCAAAUGAAUGUUACUCAGUAGACACAACUGAUAGUCCUCAUUCGAUUGAUGAUCCGUGCCACGCGAUCCCCGACAUCUCUUGGCCACGCGGUUCAGUGCAGCAGUUACACCAGCUGUCCGAGGUUGCUGAACGUCGAAUUGCGGUAUUUCUAAGAAUUCUGGACGGAUUGCCACCGUCACACAAACAGUUAGCCAUUCUCGUGUUCGGCAUACUUCACCAAAUGGUCUUUCAUGCGGCCUCAACAGCCGAGCGCCUGACCGGGCUGACCUCAUCGACCAAUCCAUCUGAUUCCGAUCCGGAUCAAGGACCGCGUGUCCCGUUGCUAACCAUCGCGGAGGGAGUGGUCAAAUCGGUAGCCGGUACACUGUUUCACACGUGUUCCGCCUCGGUUCUGUCCGUGGAACAAACAGCACAGGUGCUUUCUGCUCGUAAAACCAAAGCGGUUCUUUCAUCCUCGAUCACAUGA